AACUUUUUCCUUGUUAGGCCAUGUCAAUGAACAUGUUAUUGGAUUUUCGGGUCCCCAAAACAUUUCCAUUCGUUGAUCUGAAUGGAAUCUCUUUAUCUUUAAUUUCUAAUCCCUAGCUAGUACACUAUCUCUAAGAAACUAAACCUUCCUUACUUUGGUCUCUCUCCCUUCUCAUGUCCCAUAAAGUGCCAUUAUAGCUCUUUCGUUACUUUAGAACUAAGGGAAAAAAAAAAAAAAAAGGGAACAAUGCUAAAUCAUAGUUCUGUUGAAAGUUCAUAGUGAUCAUAUACUUCUUUCCCAUAUAGCUUGUCUAAAGCCUAUGUCAUUUUAUAUUAGUCCGAGUAAACAUUUUAACGGUUAGAAUUUAACGUUUCAUUUCGGAGGUUUCAAGUUCAAAAUUUGGAUAAAUGAAAUGAAGUCAAUCUCAGAUUUUUGUUAAAAUUCCUCAACGAUUCUCGAAGGCUAAGCCAAAGGGAUGGGCAUUGAUCUUGAUCUAGGGAAAAAGAUUCUGUUCUGUGCUUCAAUCAUCUCAACAGCUCAUCCAAGGAAAAGCAAGGAUCUUAGGUCACUUCAUGCGAGCAGAGCAGGGGAGGGGCAAAAUGUGAUUACAACAGUUCAGAAAAGAAAUUAAACUUAAAUUAAUUUUAUUAAAGGACAAAAAGUUAAUUAAAUUAUUAAUUAAUUUGCCACGUCAUCAUUCCACCCUGGAAUUGGUUCCAGCUAGGACCCACUUGCCCAAGUGUGUGCAAGGAUUUAUAAGUGCUUGUGGAAGAACGAAAAACAGAAAAAAAAAAAAAAAUCUCAUUCUCUGUCUCUCUCUCAAAUCAUGUUCUCUGUUUCUCACUUCGCUUCAGGCGUGGCUUUUGGCUUUCAUUACUCUGUCUUUUAUUUUUUUUCUCUCUGUCUCUCUCUGGAAGCCAUCAAGAACCCAUCAAUGAAAAUGUCUGCUUUCUUUUUAUCAUAAGGAUUUUUUCUUUUUCUUUUUUCUGCAGAGAUUAAAAAAAAAAAAAAAGAGAGAAAGAGAAGCCAGUCUUUGUCCUCAAAAUGUUUCUUUGUUUCUUUCACAAUAUUAAUCAUGGUUGCUGCCAUUAAUCUCUUUCACUUGUAUCCAGAUUUUGACACUCUUUGAAGCAGACAAGAAAGAGCAAACAAUAUCAUUCAAAUCCCACUGUUCGAUUCCCUGUUUCGUCUCAUUCCUCAACUUAUUUUUUUUCAGUUUUCACCCUAUAAAGUUAUGGAUAUGUGGGAUAAAUUGCCAAGAGAAGAUCGCUAUCGAAACAGGAGAGAAAGCCCAUCUUUCUCUUCAACUCUUCUUGAUGCUAUCUACCGUUCCAUUGAUGAAUCCAAUGGUAGUAAAGGAGAGGAAGAACUGAUUUUCUACAGAGAAACUACCAUGAGGAAGAAGCACAGCAAUAACAGUUCAUUGAAAGAAGAAGAAAUGACGAACCUUCAACGUGCUUGCAUGAUCGAGAAAUGGAUGGAAAAGAAAGUUAGCUGCGAUAAUAGGGUUGCCAUUAGACGAAAAUCCAUGGCGGAUUCUGAAAGAAACUCUCGAAAUGACUUUGAUCCCAUGUUGUUGAACUCAAGCUCAAGCUCUUCUGAUUCUAGCUGCGGUGGUGGGUUUUCAUCCUCAGAGUCAGAUUCCUUUUAUGGUGCAAAAUCAAGGUCAUCAUCUUCAUCAUCAAGUCAUUACACUACUCAUAGGCCUAAGCCUAUUCGGACGAGCGUCUCGGCUCGGCCUGAAGUUGAAAACAGUUUCCAUGCUGCUACACAACAAAAGCCCAAGCAUGAAGGCGGUUUUGUCAGAACAAAAUCUAAAGCCUUUAAGAUUUACAGUGACCUUAAAAAGUUUAAGCAGCCGAUAUCUCCAGGUGGUCGGCUUGCAAGCUUCCUUAACUCGCUUUUCACUGCAGGGAAUGCGAAGAAGGCAAAGAUUUCAUCGUCAGGGUACGAGGAAAGGAAGUUAAAGUCUGAGCAAGCAACAUCAACAUGUUCUUCAGCUUCCUCGUUUUCAAGAUCCUGUUUGAGCAAGACUCCAUCUUCAAGAGGGAAGUUAAGCAGUAAUGGGACAAAAAGGUCGGUCAGGUUUUGUCCUGUUAGCGUGAUUCUUGAUGAGGAUUCCAGGCCAUGUGGGCAUAAAAACAUCCUCCAUGAAAAGGAUCAUCAAACAUCCGUAAGAAAACCAAUAAACAAAGAGCUUGAGUUCCGCAUCAUGGAAGAAAAUCGUCGGGUUGUGGAAGCUGCAAAGGAUCUUUUAAAGAGUUAUCAAAAGAAGAAGGAAGAGUAUGAUAUGAGAGAGAUUGGCAAUGGCAACGAUGUGUCUAGUGAUGACGAAGAAGAUGACGAAGACGCAGCUAGUUAUGCAAGCUCCGACCUCUUUGAAUUGGAUAAUCUUUCAGUUAUUGGUAUUGAAAGGUAUCGAGAAGAAUUGCCUGUGUAUGAAACAACCCAUCUCGAUACCAAUCAAGCCAUUGCAAAUGGUUUGAUUAUGUAAUUCAAAAAAAGAACAAAAAAUAAUAUUAAUUUCUCUUUUGGUAUAGCAUAAAA